CAUAAAUUAUGCCAACAUUUAAGAUUUAACAUUCAUGUCAAAGAUCAAAUCUUAUGCUCGCAAAAGGAUGCCGUGACAGGUUGAAGCUUUCGCAUUGUGACACAUGCAUACAUGUAGCAUAAUUUGGGCAGGGUACUUUGCAAGUAGCAGAGCAGCUUCACAUUGCUUUGCAUCUGGUCGUUUUACACUUAAAUUAAUGAUUGAAGCUGCCAAAUAAAAUGCAAGAACCUUUAAAGAGUUAGUUGCCUGUGCAGCCCUCCAAGUAAUCCAGUUGCAAAGAGUUUUGUCUCCGAAUUUGUUGCAUGCCCACACCUAUACAUGCCUCCUUUACACCACAGCUGCUAUGGAUGCUUUGCACAAGUUGGAUUGUUGGAAGGUCACAGCCCAGAACAUAUGAUAAAACAUGGACGAUCUUUCUCACUUCUGCAUAGUACCAACUUGAAACAUUCCUUUAAAGGUCCCCAUUUUUGCCUUAAUAAUGUAAUAAGAGAAAAUCAUCCGUUUCCAGCACAUAACUUUGGGUGAAAGAUCCCCUCUCCAAGCACCGUGGACAAUCCAAAACGACAAUAAAUUUCAGGUGAGUCCCACACUAGAAAAUGAAGGAUGCCAAUUUCCAGGGCAAUUGCAAGGGGGAAGCUUGGAUAUUUUCUUUCCCUUUAUAAAUAUCCUAACUCACUCUCACUUCUGAAGUCAUCCGCUUUCUUUAAAUUCCUGAAGACUUGAAAAAAAUGGCCACCCUCGAAGAAUCAACAACACUUGAGUUCAUUCCACAGCACCUUCUCGGAGACUUUGCCUCCGCAGAUGCUUUUAUAGCUGGCCUUGAUUUUGGUCUCUCUCAGCUACAACCCAUCAUGGAACCUGAACUACCUCAACUUGACUCUCCCAUAUCCGACCCAAAUUACCAAAUCCCUGAAAUCUUCAGCUAUGACAUAAAACCUGACGUUCUUGAUUUGGAAUCUCCAAGUUCUUUCAUUUCAGGGUCAAAACUGGAGCCAAAGGUGUCACUUUGUGACGAGACAAGACAUUACAGAGGGGUCCGGAGAAGGCCAUGGGGCAAGUUUGCUGCGGAGAUCCGAGACCCUAGCAGGAAGGGAAGUCGGAUAUGGUUAGGUACUUUUGAUACUGAUGUUGAUGCUGCCAAAGCUUAUGAUUGCGCAGCAUUUAAACUGAGGGGUCACAAAGCAAUAUUAAAUUUUCCACUAGAAGCUGGAGAGGCUAGCCCACCAGUUUCUACGGGUAGGAAAAGGAGAAAAGAGAAGAGAACUCAGUUGCCGGAAAGUGACAUCAUGUCACCGGAAAGUAGUAAGCUGACUUGGGAAGUGAAGAAGGAAGAAGAGCAUGAGCUUGAUGAUCAGAAUCAACUGUCCGUCUGUCACCGUUAACUAGAAAACAUGUUACGGAGACAUGUUAGAUAAUGUGAACAAGGAUAAGCUGUAACGUAAGGUCCAUGAUUAAUGUCCAAAUCACAGGGAAACUUGUUGUAAGAGCAAAAUGAUGACGUAAGAGCAGGACCCUGUUUUACAUAAAUCUUAUGUAAAAUUGCAGUUAAAAUUUGUGGAGAAGAUCGUGGCACGAUGAUGUCCAUGAGUCUUGACUUAUCGUCUGUUCCUAUUUUUGUGUUUGUUUUCUUUCUUUAUUAUGUUUUGAGAGCAGGAUGGGGUGAUGAAAUUUGUUUUCUUUUGUCCGAAAAUUGUCAAUGCCUGAUAGUGACCUCAAUGGCUGCUAGUACUAGAUAAUGAUGGCAGGAUGUGCAGGUAUUUCAAUGCAAAUUCAUUUCAAAAUCCUGUUCAACAGUGGAAAACAAUGAUUGAAGUCUAGAUAUUUUU